GUCUUCAUUAACAUCAUCCCUCACUUUCAUUCGCAACUCAUCUAUAUCCAUCCUUUUAUCUUGUCCUUAAAUCCCUUGUAAUUCACGUGUGUAUAUGGUCAUGCUUGCAUGCAUUUAAUCUCUUCUAUAAUUGAAAAGUCCAGAAAAAACACCGCCCUCGACUAAAAGACAGUAAAUAAGUAUGCUAUUACAGCAGGUUUGUCCCGGAAAGACAAGCGCAUCCCUCCAAAGUAUUCAUACCAUCAGCUACCAAUCAAGGAGAUAUAUCCUCUAUGCUGCUACGGACUCUGUCGUUAUUUGUGAUGCUUCUUUCAAGCCCAUACAGAUCCUGUUUCUUCAGGCGGACUCGAAGGAGCAGCAGAAUCAAAUUGUUUCUGCUGUAGUCAUGUCUGAGUUUGAUGGAAAGAUCGCAGUCACGACCAACCGCCAUGUGCUAGUCUACGCGCCUGUGAUGCCUAUUGAUGAUGGCGAAAAGAUCAAUUCUUGGACUUUGCACGGAGCAUUGGAUUGUGAAGGGGUAGCGUCACUCGCUUGGAGAAAUGACGGCUAUCUUUUAACUGGAAGCAUUCAUUUGACACUAUGGGGUCAGCAGGAAGGUCACUGGAAUCAACUAUGGCAACAAAGACAGGGAUCCUGCAUUGACCUUAUACAGUUUUCUCCAGAUGGCAAGUUGUUCGCAUCCAUGGCCAAGAACGAUCGCUUGGUCAAAGUCUGGAAACAGCAUGCAGGAGAGGGCUUAGACUUUGGAUUCUUUUAUCUGCCGCACCCAAGGGCUGUGUUGGACUUUUCCUGGCGUAAAGAAAAAACUAGCAACGUAUGCACCGAGUCAACAAUUAAUGUACUGUUCACUAUGGCGAAGGAUGGCGUUUGUCGUAUAUGGUCGCCACUUGUUCUUCAUCAGCCAGAAUCGAUGACUAUCUGUGCGAUCAUCGAUCCUAACCAGUGGCUUGUAUCUCAGCAACAAUCCACUACCCAAUACCCAAUUCAUGCGCUUGAUGGCACAGAAUUCACAAUGGCUGUGGAGUACGCAGCAAGCAAGACAGUUGAUAAGAGUAACGAUGCUACAAGCAUUCAGUUACGGAAGCUGAAGGAGAUUGUCAGAGACACGUCAGAUCUUUUCUUUCAAAUCCAAGGCGAUGGAUCUAUGAUCAUUUGGGGUGUUCAGAGCCUUGGGCAAGUUCCACAACGCUUGCCUCGAGUGUUACUCGUACUACGAAUAUCUCAGGCAGUUACGCCACUUGAGGCGUCGUUUUUUAUGAAAAAUAUUUUAGCGUACCAUGACACUGCCGUAGCAAGGUCGAGAGGUUCACCUGCUGAUGUUGCGAUUGUUGGCCAGAGUCACGAAGGACGGGUCAGUUGCUUCUCUGUCAACAUGAUGGAGUUGUUUGACAGCUCCAAUACAUUGGCUGGGCUAAGCCUAAGGCAAUCAUGGACGGGCCAGCAAAGCAGAAUUAAAGAAAUCGUGAAAGAUCAUCGCCAGCUUUGUUUUACUUCGCUUGGUGAUCUGGGCGACAUUUCCCUUUGGAAACUGAAGACACCACGUUUUGCUCAUCGUGUAGCGGCAGGUCUAGUCGAAGUAGGCUCACUUCCAAUUGGAAACAGAAACGUGAAGUUAGUUACGCCCGCUUGGGAAGGAGGGUCAUUCAUGGUGUACGAUGGCCAACGGAUCACACUCUACACAGCAGAUGAAAGUGCAUAUUGCUCGGAGAUAGUAGAUUUACCUGAUUAUGAUCCUAAUUACCCCCUCAUUUUGUUGGAUUCUUUUGAAAUUCCAUACUUGAUCGAGGUUGCGGGAUCUUCGGGAAAGACGACUGAUGUUGCAUGGAGGCGAUACAUUCUAGGAUUUAGUACAACGGAUAAUACAGUAUUUACAUGGCAACGGACAGAUGGAGGGAAUCCUAUUCUAUUUUCAAAAGAGCAUCUACCCCCAUCGCGGACCGAGCACGCAGUUACUGUAGAAUCGUUUGCAGGUACUCUUCCAAAGUCACUUCACUCUACUCAUGUCAAUGUCUUUGCUACGUACUCCAAAGAUCAAGCGAAUAUAUCCUACUGGGAGUGUGCCAAUGACUUUCAUCUUCAUAAAGGAGGACGAGUUUGGCAACGAGCGGAGCGUAUUCCCACCAAACAAAACCUAGAGUUCUUCCAAUGCGGCGCAAAUGGCAAACUAGCCCUAGUGUACGCUAACAAUAAUGGAACACAUGAUCUUGAGAUCUGGGGCUCCGUUGGAGGGAGGGCCACAGGUCACCUGGAGAUCAGGUUCGCGGGAUUAGCACCGAUCUAUGGAUUGGAUUGGAUGGUCACAGCGGAUGCACGGCAUAACCUAGCAGUAGCCUUCAAAAACUCUGUAGCUCUGUAUUCACCUCAGCGUACUGAGAACGUAACCGACCCGCCUAUCUGGAUGCGAUUCCUCGACAUCAACAUCCCAGCGUUUAUUAAUCAUCCUAUCUCAGCAAUUGCUUGGUUGGAUAUGGGUACACUGGCCGUUGGUGCUGGGGGGACAAUGCUUCUGUACAGCAAAUGGCUCAGCGAGGAUUACAUGACCAUCGCUCCUGGCUUUGAAGAGUUAAACUUGGCUCCAACUCUUCAUCACGCAUUGUCUUCAAUGCAUGGUCCUCUGGUGGACUAUCAUCCUGAUCUCUUAAUGGAGUUUUUUCUUUGGGGUAAAUUUGAGGUUGUCAGAAAGAUCUUAUUCAACCUUUACCAUUAUAUGAGCUAUGUGAAUGACAGUGGAGACACCACCACUGGCCCUUUGCCAAUUCCUUUAGAAGUCAUCCUGAAAACGGAUGUGGCAGCAAAGCCGGUGAAGGCGGACCAUAAUGAUUUAUUCAUGACUGACGACGACUAUAAAAGCGCAAACGAGGAUAGGUUCUUGAACGACCGUACUAGCCGAGAUAUGAUUGAAUUCUUGACAAAAGUACACCUGGUAGGCCUUUCCAAGGCUGCUCAAUUGCAUUUGAGCGCUUUCAUCGAGGGAUUUACUAAAAUUGACCAGCAGCAUCACUCAGUUGAUGACAACGGAUUGCGGUUCCUUAUCUUUGUGCGAAGGUUCAACUACCUUUCUUACACUUUGCCUCCAAACCAACGUCUAACUAUGCUAAAUUAUCGCGAUAUCGUAUGGGCAUUUCACAGUGAAUCUCAGGACCUAUUACUAGACUUUUGUUCCAAUUCCUUGAAGGCCCCUAUGACUUGGACGGAGGCGAAGUCACUUGGAAUUUUCCUUUGGAUGCGCAAGAAAGAGACAAUGCUUAAGCAAAUGGAAGUGAUUGCUAGAAACAUGUAUAUGGGCAAAGAUGAUAAAGACCCUGUCGCAUGUACUCUGUUCUAUAUCGCCUUAAGGAAGAAGAAACUGUUGCAUGGGCUUUGGAGAACGGCACAUGGGAAUCCAGAGCAAAGUAAGAUGAUAGCUUUUUUAGCAAACGACUUUGAGCAGGAUCGAUGGAGAACUGCAGCCCUCAAAAAUGCUUUUGCUCUCCUUGGAAAACAGCGAUUUGAGUAUGCCGCUGCAUUUUUCUUACUUGGAGAUAGGUUGCAAGAUGCGGUCAACGUUUGCAUUAAGCAACUGAAUGAUUUUCAGUUGGCAAUUGCAAUCUGCCGAGUGUAUGAGCCGGAGGAGCGAGGACCUGUAUUAACCCAGUUGUUGCUAGGUUUGCUCAGAACUACUAAGGAUCCAUGGCUGCUCAGCUUGUAUUAUUCUAUGUUGGGCCAAAAUACGAAGGCCAUGCGCGUGGCCUUGUGCGAGGAUACCGAUGAAGGCUCGCCAAGUAGCACCGAGGCUCGCCCACAUAGAGACCCUUCACUUUUGAUCUUAUAUCGCUAUCUCCGUAAAGUUACCCCUAAUGCAUCAGUUUAUGAUGGCGAUGGAGAGUUCUCGGCAGUGGUGCGUGCUGCUGAGGCAUAUGAGCAUUAUGGUUGCCCUUUGCUCAGUUUGAUCAUUUUGAAGCAUUGGGGCUACGUUAUGCCCGUUGGUCCCAGAAGUAAACACACGAAGGAAGUCAGGACCAUCAUGGAGGUCCGUAGAGAAAGUAUUCACGGCCUUUCACACUCAACAAGUACAUCUUCCUUCAUGGGAGGCUUCAAAUCACCAGAAGCCUCCACAGUGAUGGAUAGUGGCAUCUUGAGCUUUGACGCUUUUAAAUUUGACAACAAUGAAUCCAGGAAAGAAAAUGGCCAUGGAACGCCAUUAAUGGGUACAUCCAAAUCCCCAAACCCUACACCAAAUUAUGACGGCAGCACUGCUGAUUUUGAAAGCUUCGGACCACUCUCAACAAAGCAGAAUGGCCAAGCAACAGCUGUGUCUCCAAAAUCUACAGGAAUGUCCUUGAUGAGGGGAUUCAAGUCGACAUCGUCCGCCAGUAAUAUAGACAGCGGUAUACUUGAUUUUGACAACUUUGGCUCUACCCCCAAAAAAGAGAAAGAAGAAGCAAUAGAGGCGCAGCCAAAGUCUACAGGGAUGUCCCUGAUGGGUGCAAACAAAUCCUCGACCCCAUCAUUGCAAAUCGAUACUGGUAUUUUAGACUUUGACAAUUUCGGUUCUACUACUAAUAAGCAGAACAACCAAACACCUGAUUCAACGUCAAAGCCUGUGGGGAUGUCGCUUAUGGGAGGUUUUAAAUCGACCUCAUCAAAUGGCAAUAUUGAUAGUGGGAUGCUUGAUUUCGAUACUUUUGGAUCCAUGGCUCAGUCUCGCGGUUUAAAAACGCCCAAAGAUAAAGCAGAGGACAUCUCUGCAGACUCUUUACCUCCAGGCAACGGUCCGACUCAAUCUAACGGCUGCUGUGAUGCUGAUGAUGCAAUAUCAAACAAUGAUAGGAUUCGAGGCAGUGAGGAAUUGCUUAAUGACUAUAUAACCACCCUCGUCGUGCAGCUUUUAACCCCUAUGGCAUCCGCACUGCGGACCGUGUCUUUAAAGCCUGAGCUGUUGUCAACACCAGUGUUCAAAGGAUACGUUGAGAACAUCAAAUAUGGCUGGGACAAGCUGUCGGAGCAUGCUAAUGUCUCCAGUGUUGUCAUGGAGCAGGCCUUAAUCUCCAAAUGCAUUGAGAUUGAUACUCUCCCUGUGUGUUUCCACUGGCUUAACACAACAAUGAGUACAGGAUCUCCUAUUUCCGCCAUCGUAUCACAUUAUUCUGAGUCAUGUUAUUCUAUGGUAGGAAUCAUUCUUUCAGAACAACUGACAGGAAGUAUGAAGGCACAUAUUAAGGAAUAUGCCAGGAGUGUUCUAGAGUCAUCGAGUGAAUGGUUUAAUUUGGCCAAGAUUGUGAUAAAACCGAAGAAAGCGUUACCUCGAUGGGAACAAAUGGUUCUGGCGAGCUAUAUUAUGCUUGUGGUUGUAUCUUUGCAAGAACAAGACUAUGCUUCUUUGGCAGCUAUGCUUUUCCAGUGGCGGCGGUUCAGUGGAUUUGUUGUUGGGGACCGAGGUGGAGCUGUCAAAGUUAUCUAUGAAGUACUGAGUGGGAAACUUUAUUCGCCACUGGAUGUUAGUGCUAUUUCUUCAGACCAUGAUGGGGAGAAAUCCGAGUGGGAGGCCCUUCAGGGGUCUCUGCUGAAUGCUGCAACGACCAAUGCAUUAGUCAUGAGUUUGGAAGGCUUACUGCGAGACCAUGGGCACAGAAUGUCCGAUGAAACUCGAAAAUUCGUUACCAGUUCUUUCCUGGAUCGACUCACCAGGUCUGGUAUUGAACAGGAGCAAAAUGUGAUCCAGAUGAUAAAGCAGUCCCCACUUCAAGACCACCUGCGUGGAUAUCUGAGUGGAUGGCAAAAGAAGUACUGGGUCCUUUUAAGCGGUCUAGAGAGUGGCGGUCAUUUACUGCCCCAAGUCGCUACGUUCUUGGAAUCCCACCGUCAGGGCCAGAGCUCGCCUCCUGUUCCUAUUGAAGACAUCUCAUUACUGUUCAAGACUCGGUCUGUCAUCCACUCUUUUGCUUUCAAUCCUGUAGAACGUCGCAUCGUAGCUGUCUGCUCGCGUUCUGAUAUUAUUGAAAUUGAUAUUUCGAAGGCAUUGGAUUUUUCGCGCUCAAUAAGUAGCUCAGAUUCAUACCAUAGUGACAUAGACUCAGUGAUGGAUUUGGAUGACGAAGAAGAGAUAGACCUGGAUGAGAGGGAUUUCCUGGAUGCACAUGGUAACGUUAUCGAGCGGCCUACGAACAGUUCCAAAGCGCCAAGUUUAGUUCCUACAGAGAGCUCAGAAGAAAAUGUCAGCCGAACAGAAAGUCAUACUGGCAUACAUAAUAUGUUCAAGAGCCUUUUCUCGAGAGGCGGCAAACAUCAUGGCCAUUCACACGAUCCUCUGCAUCCUCAUUCUCACGGCCUUGCACAAGCAGUUACAGAUGCUAAUCUUCGCCGUUCACAAGGAUCAGUUCCUGUUGGCUCCGGUACAGGGGCAAAGCCCAAUGAAGUAGACAAUGUCAUGGUUCGGACAGACGUGGUGGCAACUUGCGCUGAGAGCCAUCCUAGUUUCCCACUCUACUUGACUGGCCACAAUCCAGCACUAGGAUACCCGUGUGUGGCGCUUUGGCAGUUUGGUCAGCCAAAGGAACUCAAUAAUUAUACUGGAACAAACUCUAGAGUGAUCAGGCUGCACUUUGACCCAUGUGGCCAAAAGUUUGGAGCGACAGAUAUUAAUGGAGAUCUGCACCUCUGGAGAUUUGAUUCCAACACUGUGGGCUCGAAACCCUUCUUGACGAUGAAUUGUCAUGAUAAGAUUACACGGGACUUUGCCUUCUUAGGAUCGAGUAGUAUAAUCGCAACGACGGGGACGUCAGGAGAUGGAAAAAAUCUCGCCAUCUGGGAUACACUUUUACCACAAAACAAAGCAUUGACACAGUCGUAUAAGGUCCAUGAUCAAGGCGGAUAUUCAUUGGCGUUUUCAAAGAGGCAUCAGCUCUUAGUGUCUGGAGGACGCAAUGGUCAAAUUUGUAUCUUUGAUAUUCGGCAUUCAAAACUACUGCAUACGAUCCAAGCUCAUGAUAUGCAUGUUCGAUCAUUAAGUAUUGAUGAAGCAGGAUUGACACUUUGCUCUGGCGGCGGAGAGGGUGAUAUGAAGGUCUGGGAUUUAGAAACAUUUGAGCAAUUGUCGUCGUUUAGCAAUCUUCAAGCUAGAAAUCGGUUCCAGUUCCAAACAUUUGAUCGUAUCCCUAUCAAGGCGUAUGGUGUGGCGCAAAUUAUGCCCACGGACGACUUUUACUACACAUGUGGCCCAACAGGGUUCUUGCGUGCCAAGAGGAAUAAAUAGCGCUUGUUAUUAUAUAGCACCCAUCAUUCCUGCAGGAUAUAAAAAUAAACAUGAUAUGUGG